ACGGAAAAAGCACGUCGAAGCUUUUGUCAUAGAAAUGUCACGAAAAAUUUAGGUUAUAUUUACAUUUGAUAUUCCGAAAAUGUUAAUAAAGAAUUUAUUUAAAUCAAAAAACUCCAAACUUUUACAGGUAACGUUCCGUUUUUACUCGAAAGGAACAGUUUCCAAACAUUACGAUGUCGUUAUUGCCGGAGGGGGCAUGGUGGGAACAUCUCUGGCUUGUACCUUAGGUAAAAACACGAAACUGAGAGAAAAGAGAGUGUUGUUAUUAGAAGCAUGCCCAAAUAAAGCAUGGGGUAACCCUGAAAAAUACAGUAACAGAGUUGUUUCUAUCAACCCAUCGUCUCAGAAAUUAUUUAGUGAUCUUGGUGCUUGGAAAUUUAUUGAAAAACACAGGUUUGCGCCAGUAAAACAGCUACAGGUCUGGGAUGCACUUUCUGAUGCAUCUGUAACUUUUGGAAAUGCAGAAAGUCAAGAAAUAGUAUCAUAUAUAGUGGAGAAUGACUUAUUACUUGCUGCUCUGACUGAAGAAGUAAAAAACUGUGAUAAUGUAAACGUCCUUUAUAAUGCCAAAGUUACAAAAUAUGGUUUGCCUGAUUACGAAGGCAAUAUUGUCAACAUUACCCUUGAUAAUGGAGAUGAAUAUACGUGUGACUUACUGUUGGGAUGUGAUGGUGUUAAUUCAUCAGUACGGAAGUCAAUGCAAGCAGAUUAUGUUUCGUGGAGCUAUAAUCAAAUGGGUGUAGUAGCAACUCUUAAACUAAAGGAGUGCAUGAAAAACGAAAUCGCCUGGCAAAGGUUUCUGCCAAAUGGACCAGUGGCAUUACUUCCAUUGACAGAUGAACUGUCGUCUUUGGUUUGGUCUACAUCACCGGAAGAAGCAAGGAGACUGUUGAGUGUGACAGAAGAAGAAUUUGUAGAAGCAUUAAAUAAAGCUAUUUGGUCCAAAUAUUCUUCCUCUAUAAUAGUACAACAAGCCACCAGUAUUUUUGACACAUUUCUACGCGUCUUGAACUGUUCAAAGUCCGAAAAGAACAACGUUCCUCCCACGGUAAAAUCCAUAGAACCCAAUAGUAGAGCAGCAUUUCCCUUAGGAUUCGGUCAUUCCAGUCAGUAUAUAGGCAAAGGAGUCGCUCUAGUUGGAGAUGCAGCUCAUAGAGUGCACCCGUUGGCUGGCCAGGGAGUAAAUCUAGGUUUUGGAGAUGUAGCCUGUCUGAGUAAUACUUUAGGAGAAGCUGUUUACGAUGGUAGUACUAUAAAUGACCUGAGCUACCUGAGAAACUACGAAAAAGACAGACAAAGGCACAAUAUCGUUACCAUGGCUGGAAUCGAGGGUCUGCACAGGCUUUACAAUACGGACCUGACCCCCAUUGUCCUUCUGAGAAGUCUGGGCCUGCAGGCUACGCAAGCCCUGGAACCCCUCAAGAGAGCUAUUGUUUCCCAAGCUUCAUGAAAACGGUAUGAUGCUUUUUUCUGUUGAAUUGUAUUUUGAUAUGUUGUAAGUUAUAUAUCUAUAAAUAAAGGUAUUUAUCUUAA